CUGUCAAGUAACGACCUUGGUUAAGAGGAAUCCACACCGGAUUACAAUGAUGAGAAAAGAGUGAAGGUUGGAGAGGUAACCCGAGAAAAUUGUCAUGUGUGUGUUUGUCAAAGAGAAAAUCGUCCGAGUCAAGAAAAAUGGGACGAUACGGGUUGGUGUUUCGCGUAAAGAAUAGGAAUCCGAGCCUCCUAUAAAUGGAAAGACGGGGCCGGAGAAACGAGGAAGAAAGAACGGGGGAGAUGGGAAAGAGGAGGACGACGAGGGAGAUCACGUUGGAGGAGUAUGCUUCAUUCCAAGCGAACCUCGACGACGGCCACAGCCUUACCGCCGAACUGCUCAAUCGGAUAAUAGCUAUGCACGGCUUCUGCAGGAUUCGUCGGCCUAAGGCAGAGAUUAUGGAGGCGUUGCGAUCGAUGACGCUGGCGAGCCCGUUCAGGUCGACCAUGGCGCAGGGGGCUGCCCCGGCCCCAUUGACGCUCGAGGACCUGGCCCUGCACGUGGCGGACCUCAACUGGAAUGAAUGUCAGAUGAAUUCAGUCAGCUCGCUGGCGAUGGAAGUGGAGGGUAAGCAGCAGCUAGAAUCUAACCCCAACCCCUCGUCAUGCAGCCCCGGCCUCCUGGCCCCGUUCUUCCCCACCAACUCCAACUGCAACAAAAAGCGGAAGCGCACCAAGCGAGUCAGGGUUGCCAACCUCCUCGAAGACUCCCCUGUGGGUAACGGUUCGUGUACCCUUGCCCUGGCCAAUGAUGGUGUGAAAAUCAGCUUGUCGUGAGAUCAGAGAGAGAGAGAGAGAGAGAAAGCUCCCUUGAAGCAAGACAUAUCUCUCUUCCUUUGUCUAUAGGCCAGCUUGUAGAGAGGAUGGACCAAAAACACAGGAGACUUGACAAAGAGAAGCACGGGAUUGAUGUAAAAAAACUAGGAAGGCUUUCAAGAUCGCAAAUCGGUUUUGCUUCUCACCUAAGACAUGCUAGUCGUCCCCGUCUUGCCUUAGCCCUGACUCCGACUUCUUU